AAUACAUUUUAUCUUAAUAAGUUAAAUGCAUUUUUAAUUUGCUAAUAUCGUGUUACACUUUUAAACGACGCGCAAUUUAAUGUUUUUCAUUGCGCGUGAAGCAUCAGAAAAAAUUCACGUCGUGUGCGUUUCUCAGAGUGUUUCGUUCAAGACAAGAUUUACUAUUUUUUCUAUAAAAUAUUGUAUACCGCAAAUAUCUAUAAUAUGUAAUCAGCGGCUAUAUUCGUUUGUAAAAUAAUAAGAGUCAAGAUAAUAAAAGGUGAAAAUGGAGGAGGAGAUCAAUGUGCAAGUGAAAGACAACUCGCCAUCAAUAGAACGCAUCUUACUCCAAUAACGUACACCUCCUGGCUCCUGGGCGUCGGUAUUGCACAUCCACGAAAGUGUCCCAAGACUAUAACGAUAAUCACACGUAUAAUUCACAUGGCUGUGUGUUCCUACAGCAUGAUAUGCGACACACAAGAUUUCUUGUAUAAUCCCGAUGUUGGAAACAACAUAUUCGAGUACAUAUAUUUUUUAAAUAAUGUGAUGUGUUACGUAUCAACCUAUUAUUACGUUUAUCACGGAAUCAGGCAGUACAACAAGUGGCCAGAGUUGAUGGACAGAAUGAAGAAGCUCGAUCAGAAGAUCAGGAGGGAAAUACCCAUGAACGACCAACCAAUAAAAACCGCGGAAGCGGUAGCGAUUCUUGCGGCUUACGCUUGCUGUCCUUUGAUGCUAAUUAUUCACAUUCUAUAUUGCUACUUGACAAAUCCAACAGAUAUUUUCAUGCCAGAUUUGCUGCUUUACUAUUUGAUAAGCCAGUCGUUGAUCAACAGCUUUGUCUUUGACAUUAUCGUCUAUGUGUUGUAUUGCAGAUUUCAAACGAUAAACAAAUUGAUCGGCCAGUUGAAUGAGUUAUCCGAUGUGCUACGGAUCACGAUCAAGAUUGGACGCAUCAAAGGAUUGCAUAUCGGUAUUUGUAAUCUCGUCAGCAUGGUAAACGACAUUCACGGUCUUCAUCUCCUCUUCUGCUCACUGAAUUGCUUCACCAUGGCCGUGGCUACACUAUUCCAGCUUUACAUUUUCGUCGUGAAAAAAGACUCCUAUUUUAUAGUGAGAAAUAAUUUCCUUUGCAUUGUAUACGUCACGCAAUUCUGCCUGAUUUGUUGGAUUUGCACGCUCGCGCGUCAAGAAUCCAAUAGGACCGGGAGAAUCAUAUUUGAAAUUAUAUCGAAUUACAAAUCUGGGAAUCUUGAUAAGCACGAGCCGAGGAAUCAAUCGAAUUUAAAAGUGCAGCCUCCACUGGAUGAUCUAGACGACGAGCAAAGUUCUAAUCGGAGCAACAAUCACAAUCUGAGUUACGUCGUCAGAGAAAAUCUCUUGCGUACAAAUCUGGACCGAGAGUGUAUCACAAAAGAGAUCAAUAAUUUUUCGAUUCAACUGCAGCAGAAUCCAGUAGCAUUUACGGCCUGCGAUUUCUUCGAAAUAAACAAUACUUUGUUCAGUGGUUUCGUUGGGGUGAUCGUCACUUAUCUAGUAAUCUUCAUUCAAUUGUAUCAACCUGAAGAUUUCAACAACCUUCUAAAAAAGUAUCUUUCGGAAAUAUGUUCUGAAAACGUAAAAAACAUGACGUUGGAUCACAAUAAUUGAGAUCUCAUGCUUUUACUUUUUUUUGCAUUAUAGAACCAAUUGUAAACAUUUCUUCUUCUUCUAAAAAUUUCUACCUUUACAUUGUAUAAAAAUAUUGUUUUACUGUAUUUCGCGUUCUUAUAUCUUGCUAGGAGAUAUAAAUUAAGAGACUAAUACCAAGUAAAAAAUGUAUUACAAAUAUUCCAUCAUUAUUAUCAUUUAGGCAGCAUAUAUUAUUUUGAAAGGUGAGGCGGCGAUACGCGACGCGUAACUAAUUGCCGCUGAAUUAGAUUUGCGUAGCAGUUCAUCCCCGAUACAAUAUAACUCACUAACAUACAUUGAUUUAAUUAGCAAUUAAAA